ACAAACUAUCCCUCCCCUUCAUCAAGACGCACAAGACUCUGAACCGAAGGAUAUCUUGGCCUCCCCAUAGAAGCUCAUUAUUCGGAUAUGUGUAGUUAUUUAUCCUUUAACAUGAUCCAAUAUUGAUACGGAGCUUGGAAAGAUUCAGUCAUUAAGUCGACAGGUUUGUUCAGGGACAUCUGCGUUGGCAUCAAACAUGCGCAAAAAUUCACGCGAUCAAAGCAGAGAAUCGCCGUAAACGGAAUGAUCGCUUCUCAUGUGAAGUCACCCUGAUUGUUUUUAGAGGAAAAACAUAUAGACUCAGAGAAAUCACCACAGCCUAGAGACCGAAGUGGGAACGAACGCAGACACUCGCAGUAUAUCUGGAAAUCGCUGCCGUUUUGUUGAUAAAGCAACUUCUCCUUUGCGUGACUGAGCAUCAGCAUUGUGGCGAAAAGGAGACAAGUUUCUACUGCAAGCAUGUCUGAAAGAUUCACAAGACGGUGUCCUGAGCCAUGGGGGCCUUUUUGGACAAGCCGAAGACAGAGAAACAUAAUGCUCAUGGGGCAGGCAAUGGUCUGCGCUUCGGCCUGAGCAGCAUGCAGGGCUGGCGGGUGGAGAUGGAGGAUGCGCACACAGCUGUAGUGGGCUUGCCACAUGGCCUGGACGACUGGUCCUUUUUUGCCGUGUAUGACGGUCACGCUGGCUCCCGUGUGGCCAACUAUUGCUCCAAACACCUGCUGGAUCACAUCAUAACCAGCAGCGAGGACUUCCGUUCCGGCCCCGACUCUGUGGAGGGUGUUAAAAGCGGCAUUCGCUCAGGCUUCCUGAAAAUCGAUGAGUAUAUGCGCAACUUCUCGGAUCUACGGAACGGCAUGGACCGUAGCGGCUCCACAGCAGUGGGAGUGCUGAUGUCGCCCGAGCACCUCUAUUUCAUCAACUGCGGAGACUCCCGUGCUGUUCUCAGUCGUGCCGGACAGGUGCAAUUCUCCACACAAGACCACAAGCCCUGCAAUCCACGUGAAAAAGAACGCAUUCAGAAUGCAGGAGGUUCUGUAAUGAUCCAAAGGGUGAAUGGCUCUCUGGCUGUGUCACGCGCCUUGGGGGAUUAUGACUACAAGUGUGUGGACGGGAAGGGUCCCACUGAGCAGCUGGUAUCUCCAGAACCGGAGGUGUUUGAGAUCCCACGCGUUUCAGAAGAGGAUGAGUUUGUGGUGCUUGCUUGCGAUGGCAUCUGGGACGUGAUGAGCAACGAGGAGCUGUGUGAUUUUGUGCGCUCUCGGCUGGAGGUGUGGGAUGACUUGGAGAAGGUCUGCAACUCUGUGGUGGACACCUGUUUACAUAAGGGAAGUCGUGACAACAUGAGUGUUGUUCUGAUAUGUUUCCCCAAUGCACCGAAAGUAUCGGAGGAGGCUGUGAAGAAAGAGGCCGAGUUGGACAAGUUGCUGGAGGCUCGGGUGGAAGAAAUCAUGGAGAAGUCAGGGGAGGAAGGCAUCCCAGAUCUAAGCCACAUCAUGCACAACCUCCGCCCUGAGAGCAUCCCCAACAUGCCACCAGGAGGUGGUCUCGCUAGCAAACGCAGUGUAAUUGAGGCUGUUUACAACAGGCUUAAUCCACAUAGAGAAGAAGAUGGGGACAGCCAGGGAGGAGCAGCCGGUGGUGAGGAGGAAGAAGAUGGCAGCGCACUCGCCACCCACCUGCUGGAGGCGCUACGACAGUUCCGGCUCAGCCACCGAGGCGAAUACCGCCAAGCAUUCGAGCAGGCACUCUCCACUUACCGGCUGUCUUGCUCGACAGGUGCCACUACACGGACCGACCCCCAGGAGGACCCUCCCUCACCCCCACCAUCCCCAGCCAAUGAACCCUUCAACUCUGAGGAGGGACAGGAUGAAGGUGCCACAUCGUCGUCUCUGGACAAGCUCUCUGGCGCCCCCACUGCAUGACCCUGACAUCCAAUAUAGUACCCACUAAUCCCACCCCACUCUUUCAAACCCUGCUAUCAAACCCUUCCCCAGACCUGCUCUUUGGCCCGGAUUGAUAGGUUGCUUAUCUGAUGGUUAAGUUCCUCCUCAGCAGUUCCAGUGCAGGUUUUGGUCAUCUUUAUCGAGAUGUAAAUGCACACAGGAAGACUCUCUUCAGACACGCACUGGAAAUACUAUUUAAUUAAAGGAAUGUUACGGGUUCAAAACAUGCUCAAUCAACAACAUUUGUGGUAUAAUGUUGAUUAGCACAAAAUAAUUUUAUAUAAAAAAAGAAAAAAUCACAGUUACAGUGAGGCUCUUACACCCUGUUUCAAAAGUAUAGCCUCAGAACUUAAAUUAUACAUGAUAGCAUGAUUUUAGUGUGCUAGAAUCUGGGAUUUACUGGCGUUUUGGCAUUUAGCAGAUUCCAAGGUUUAUUAGCGUUAUGUCAUCAUGAUGACAAAGUUGUAAUAUUGAAUAUAACUUCACACAGAUAAGAUUAGUAAUCGAUUUUAUCACACUAAAAAAAAAAAACACAUAACGUGUUCCAUCUCGCGGCUAUACUUUUGAAAGUGUGCAUUUGAAUGUUUAUGGUCUGGGCCCAUUCACCUCCAUUGUGAAGUGCCUUACUGUAAAUGCUAUUUUUGCCUCUUUUAUUUGUAUUUUUUUUUAGAUAGGUGACAGGUCAUUUAUUUUUGGUGGUUAUCAACAUUAUACCACAAAUGUUGAUUGAGCUCGACUUGUUUUGAACAAAAACAUUCCUUUAAAUAUUAAAGGGGGAAGUUUAGAGCAGUAUUCUUAGCACUGAAAAUCUGCUUUGCAACUGCAAGUGAGGUUAACCUUGGCAUAUCCCAGUUCUGUCUGCAGUAAGCACUUUCCUUUAUCUCUGCACUUAGCCCAGUAUUUUUAAUAUUUACAAGACACCGUAAUUGACUUAGGAGUUCUAAAUUUAUGAAUUUAGCAGUGACACAGAAUUGAAUGAUUUGAUGGUCACUGUUUUGCACCCAAAGAAUUUACCCAUGUAAAUGGUCAUAUUUUCAGUGGUAAUUGUUUUUUAACUGAGUGGACAAUCUGGGCCGUGCCAAGGAUACAUUUGACUAUUUGCCCUUGUGCCAUGCAAUGCAUGUGUACUCUGCAUUCUGGGUUGUGUUGUGGUUUAUUCUAGUUAUAGGAUAUUAACGUGCUGCAGGAAGCAUCAGGUACAGCUUGUAUUGUGCUCUUUGAUAUGGUGGUAGUGUGAGUGUAUGUGUAUCAUAAAAUGUGACAUGAUUGUAACUCUGAUCAAAAGCUAUUCUUUCACAGUUCAAAACCCUAAUGCUGAGUGAGUGCGUGUGUGUGUGUGGUUUUUCUCACUGCCUGUCCCUCUCUCAUAUCUGUCUUGCAGUGAUUUAUAAUUUGGACUGACCUCUCAAAUAUGAUUGUCCUCUGUCUGCUCUUUGAGUGCACAGAGUUAUUAUCCAGGUGUCCCCUUGUGGAAAAAGCACAAAAUCGAAAUGCACUGGCUCUAGAAGCAUGGACCAUAUGAGAUUACAAUGGCUCAGUGAAUAUUCUUUAUAGUUUACUCUAAGCUCACACAAUCUUUUCUCUCAAAAUGCUCUUCUGCUGUAAAUCAUUUCUCCUGCUGUGCUAUUCCAGUCAGUUAAUGGCUUCACAUUUGAAAUGUAGAAGUCAUUAUUAGAAGUGGAAAAUACAUGCAGACUGCAUUACCUGUAGGAGAUCUUAUUGAACUCUACACAUUAGACAAUGCUGCUACAUGAUCUUGAAUGAAUGUCUGUAUUCUGCAGUGUUUGCACAGAGCUUCUUAUCAGUAAGCCAAAUGUUUGGAAAUAAGUGUCAUCCCUCAAAAAGUAUGUUUCAAUUUUCUUUUCUUUCUUUCUUUUGCUGAUUUAUCGAAAUAUAAGCAAAUUAAAUCUGAUUACUUGCAGUUGAUUUAGAAGUUAAUACAUAAUGCAAACUGUGUAAUCCUCUUAACAGUUAGAGUAAGUGCAUACAUAAUGCUGCCAUUGUUAUUAAACUCAUGUUACCAAUAUAUAGUCUCGGAGCAGAAUCCAAGAGCUUUACUUAAUUGUGCAUAGAGCAUUGUUUGCUGGUUUGGGUUAUGCCUCGGGUUCUGACUUCUAUGCUAAGUUUAUUUUCAUAUUGUUUCAUGCUGCAAUUCUUUGAACAAAAUAAAUCAAAUUAAACUAUUGAUAUCUGUCUUUCCUGCCAUUUAUUUAUUAAAUUCCUUCACUGUACUUGUAAGAUUUUAAAAUCCUGUAAAUGAGAUGGCACACCUCACAGAAUGCUGCUACAGUCACUCACUUAUAGCCAUGUGAUGAAUGCUCUUUAUGCCACUUCCUACUCAUAAUGGUGGGUGUGGUUAUUUUUAUCACCCAUAAAAAGCUUUAAAAAAAUAAUUCAUACUCAAGUAUUUCCAAAAUUACUCCUAUUUGGCUUAGGUUCUUACUUAUGAGCUCAUUAUUGGAAGUACUGUUUAAACUUAAGGUAAGUGUGCUUUAAACCUGCAUGAGUCAGUCGUCUUCAGGCUGAGGAAAAUUCGUUUUCUGCUGAGAUGCAUUGUUUUUCUGGAAAUACAGCUUUCAAAAAACAGGAAAAAAAAAAAAAAGGUUGCUGGUCAAGUCUUGUUGGGCUUUCCCCCUAGAUUUUUUCCUGCCUUUUUUUUUUCCUGUCUGCAAACUUAUCCCCUGAGCUUGUUUUUUUUAAAUAAUUCGCUUUUGAAUGCUACUACCUACUACCGGUGGUUUUUAAGUGAUAUUGGGAAGAUAUUUGUUUUUCUUACCCUGUUUUUGUGCAUUUCCUGUCAGAAGUGCUUAAUGUUUUUGAACAAAGCACUUAAGAGGGUAAUUAUGUUCUUCCAUGGUUCAAUUUUCAUUAUAUGGCAUCCAAGAACAAGGAAAUCCUCUCUCUUGAUUUCAAACCCAUUCCCUAAUUCUUUAAUCACACUGAGUCUCACUAGUCAGUGCUCUACCCUUUUUAUUUUUCUGUUUGCUCAUUUCUUUCCCUGUCUUGUUUUCUCC